UCACCUGACUUCUGCGUCACUCGCGUCAUCUGACGGGCGCUGGAACAACAUGGCUCCCCGCGCGCUGCUCUGCGCGCUACUGGCGCUCGUGCUCUCGCUCGUGCCGGGCGCGGACGCGCUGGACGGCGGCGACGCCGUGGCUCUGCUCAUAGGGGUGGUCAUCGCCGUGCUGGGCUUCUGCGCCUGCCUGGGCUGGUACGCCCGGUCGAGGGACGGCCGCCUGUGAGUGUGAGUGACUGAGCAGCGC